AUGAAGAACAAGAACAAGACUACCAAAUUUCCAGUGGCGCGUAUCAAGCGCAUAAUGCAGAAGGAUGAGGAGGUCGGAAAAGUCGCGCAAGCCACUCCGGUUGUCAUAUCAAAGGCCCUUGAACUGUUCCUCGCUAUGCUGGUUCAAGAAGCUAGCAACGUUACGACGGAUAGAGGUUCCAAACGCGUCGAAGCGUAUCACUUGAAACACGCCAUCGACACCGUCGACAUGCUUGAUUUUCUCAAAGAGAUUGUCGAGGCUGUCCCCGAUCCCUCUGCAGGCGGCACCAUCGAUAUUGAAGCGGAGAACGCGGAGGCGCGAGCGAAGAAACGCGGGAAGGGCAAAGACAAGAAAGGUGCGCAGGAGAAUGGUGCGGAGAAGGCCGCGCCGAAGCGUAGACGGAGAAAGGCCAGCGACAAGGAGAAGGAAGAGGAGGAGGCGAGGGAGGAGGAGGCGGAGAUGGACGACGAAGAAGACGAAGACGAAGGGUUCGGUAGGCAGCGAGGCAAACGAGAUGAUUCUGAUGAAGAGUGGGCUGGGUGA